UCCUUCUCAUUUUUAUCUCGUCGUCUUGGUGAAAUGACGCCGUGACCGUGCGACUACAGACAUAUUCCUUUGUUUAUAUCUCAGUUUAUAAUUAGUUAAAAAGGAGUGGAUUCAUUUGAAGUUGGCCAAGAUCAUACUGAGGAAAGAUGGCAGCCCAAAACAUUAAAGACGGAGAAUAUACGGCCUCAAUAUAUACGAUGAUCAAAGAAGGGAAGUACAUUGAUGCCAUACACAUCCUCUCCCAGGAAUUACAGAAUCAUCCAAGAUCCCGUGCAGCUCUGUCUCUGCUCGGCUACUGUUACUUUCAUGUCCAAGACUAUGCUAACGCCGCCGAGUGCUAUGAGCAGCUGAGUCAGUUCUUCCCAGAGGUGGACACCUAUCGGCUGUACUACGCCCAGGCACUCUACCAUGCUUGCGCCUACCCAGAGGCCAUGAAGGCCACGUUCCAGGUGGAAAACCAGGAGUACCAGCCCAAGAUCACAAAGCUACAAGCUGCAAUCAAGUAUGGAGAAGAAGACUUGCCUGGAGCAAAGAGUCUAGUUGAGCAGUGUCCCAACGAUGACCCUGACACAGAGGUCAACCUUGGUUGUCUUCUCUUCAAAGAGGGUCGCUAUGAGCAAGCAUGUCAGAAGUUCACUACUGCCAUGCAGAUAAUGGGUUAUAGAGCAGAUUUGGCAUAUAAUAUUGCCCUGUGCUACUACAGUAUGAAGCAGUAUGCUCCAGCUCUUCGCAACAUUGCAGAAAUCAUUGAGCGUGGCAUACGAGAACAUCCAGAACUGAGUGUGGGGAUGACGACUGAAGGCAUUGAUGUGCGGAGUGUUGGUAACACCCUGAUACUCCAUGAGACUGCUCUGAUAGAGGCCUUUAACCUCAAGGCUGCCAUAGAGUACCAACUUAAAAACUUGGAAGCGUCUCAAGAAGCAUUGACAGAUAUGCCACCUAGAGCAGAAGAGGAACUUGACCCUGUGACCUUACACAACCAGGCCCUAAUGAACAUGGAGGCUCAACCAACACAAGGAUUUGAGAAACUUCAGUUCCUUCUUCAACAAAAUCCAUUCCCUCCAGAGACGUUUGGCAACCUGCUCCUGCUUUAUGUGAAAUAUGAGUACUAUGACCUGGCUGCCGAUGUGCUAGCAGAGAACGCCCAUCUCACCUUCAAGUACCUCAGCCAGUACCUCUAUGACUUCCUAGAUGCCGUCAUCACCAUGCAGACAUCCAAGGAAGAGGCCUAUCGUAAGCUGGAUGAGAUGGCGACACGUCACACUGAACAGCUGCGUAAGCUUACCAAGCAGGUGCAGGAAUCGCGGCAAGUCCGGGACGACGAUACCGUCAAGAAGACGGUCAUUGAGUACGAUGAGGGCUUGGAGAGGUACAUCCCUGUCCUGAUGCAGCAGGCUAAGAUCUACUGGGACAUGGAGAACUACACCCAGGUGGAGAAGAUCUUCCGCAAGUCGGUGGAGUUCUGCAACGAGCAUGAGGUUUGGAAACUCAAUGUCUCCCAUGUGCUCUUCAUGCAGGGCAAGUACAAGGAGGCCAUCGGGUUCUACGAGCCUAUCGUCAAGAAGAACUAUGACAACAUUUUGAGUGUGAGUGCCAUUGUUCUAGCCAACAUCUGCGUCUCCUACAUCAUGAACACCACAAACGAAGAGGCUGAAGAGCUAAUGAGGAAGAUUGAGAAGGAGGAAGAGCAGAUAGCGUAUGAUGAACCCGACAAAAAGAUCUACCACUUGUGCAUCGUCAACCUGGUGAUUGGAACCCUGUACUGUGCCAAGGGCAACUAUGAGUUUGGCAUCUCAAGGGUCAUGAAGAGCUUGGAACCUUAUCAGAAGAAGUUGGGUACGGACACCUGGUUCUACGCCAAGCGUUGUUUCCUGAGUCUUCUAGAGAACAUGGCUAAGCACAUGAUCAUGCUGAGGGAUGCUGUCAUAGAGGAAUGCAUUCACUUUUUAGAACACUGCGAAGUGUACGGACGAGAUGUAGUGGCCAUUGUUGAACAGCCCCUUGAGGAAGACCCCCUGCACGAAGGAAAGAACACAGUCACCUAUGAAGCAAGGCUUCUUAAGCAUCUCCUUCAAGAAGUCAUAUAGACUUGCACUCAAUUCAUGUACAUGUACUGAACAUUGGUGAUCCUUGGGGGAUGAAAUUGAUCAUACAAAAAUAUCUCUUACCCCCCCCCCCCCCCCCCCAUUCAAAGGUUAGAGUGGUCAAUGACCUUUUAAUUUUAUGAAUAUUGCAUCAAUUUUAUGAAUAUAAGAAAUCCUAGAACUACAGGUAGUGUUAACUUUUACAAACCUUAACAUUUAGACGGGCAAGCUUUGGCCCACUCGUGUGGACUUUCUCAAACUAAGUGAUUAUUAACACAGUUUCUUGCUGUCUGCUGCCUUGAGAUCACUGGAGCGAAGAUAAGAGACAUUGACUAGCCAGAGUUCCUAUUCAGUGAUGCAUUAAUCUUUUUUAUCCAGAUGGAUUCUUUCUUCACCUUUCUUGACCAGAAGUGAGUUUCAAAGUCAAUAAUGUGGGCAUCAUCCCGUCCAAUGUUCUGUCUAAUAUUAAGGGUAUGUUCUGCUAUUGCUGAAAGAGAUGGAUUGCUAAAUCUGAGCGGCUCUUUUCUGAAUCAAUGUCAAUCCCAGUCCAAGUCAAUUGUAGUACUCUUUCACUAAUGUUAUUUACUAGUGUUAUUCAGUAAAGACUGUAUGUGAAGUGGGGGCAUUUCAAUCAGAAGCAUACACUCCAUAGGAUCCGUAGUUAUUAAUUAAGGGUCGUGAGGGUAUAUGCCCCAGGCAGGGGGAGUAUAAGAAAGGGCUUUGUACUGGUACAAAGUUGUGAAGUGUAAAAAGAGUGUGUUGAAAUCCUUAUCCCCAAAUCAAUCAUUGAGGGGCAGAUUUUUAUGAAGAUCAUAUUUAGUUUUAUUAUGUCAUUCAUAUUCAAAUUUCUAAUUGAAUAUCUUGUUACAAUGUUAGUUUUAACUCUAAUAAUAAUAAUAUUUCACUUUUAUAUAGCGCUUAAUACAUCUGAAAUGUCUCUAAGUGCUUUACAUAUAUAUUUAACUGACGUGUUAAGCAUAGACUAGUACAGAUAUCCCUCGAGGUAAUCUCAUUGACUUUCAGUUAUACUUGAGCAUAAGUGAGGGAUGUUCAACUUACUUGUGAUAUCAUUGUUUACAUGUAGUAUAUAUGCUCUUAUGAAUUGCUGAAUGAAUCAAAUUAAAAUAAGUUAUAUGGUAGAUGUAUAAGUUUUGUACACCUCUCCCCAAUUAAAAAAUAAAGAUUCCCUAGAUGAGAAUUGAUACAUUUUCUAACACAUUUUCCAAAAAUAUUCUUUCUUUAGAAUUCAUUAUAUUUAUUAAGUCUAAUUUAUUAAGCAGAAUUUCCUAGUAAAGUAAUUUUAUUAAUGUCAAUAAUGUUUUAAUGUAUCUGCAAGUUUUAGCCGUACCGAAGUAGUGAGCAGAAUUUAAACCUUGAACUAAUGCUACUUUUUAGAGUGAGAAAUCAGUGAUCAGAAUCAAAGCAUAUCUCCAUGGACUACAUGUACUGUAAAUUUUUGUCGAUUUUUUUUGUCUGAUUGUCAAACAAAAAAAAACAAAGAAGAAGCUUAAUGCAUGAUUAAUCUGGUAUAGUCACUUUAAAUAAUGCAUCAAUAUAAAUGAAUAUAUAAAACGCAUCACUACAAUUUUUCAUAAUAAAAGUAUAUUUUGCUGAAAAAC